AGGCUUGCUAUUAAAAAAAAAAAAAAAAAAAACUUUCAGCUCUAGAUUCCUCCAAGAACACCCAAAUGAUGAGCUUCCCUUCUUCUGACUCUUCUUCCUCGGGCGCAUUUAAAUGGAAAUACGAUGUGUUUCUGAGUUUCAGUGGGGAAGACACACGUAAAAACUUCACAGACCAUUUAUACAGUGCGCUGAAGAGAGAAGGGAUGGUGACCUUCCGAGAUGACUUAAGGCUGGAGGUCGGGAAACCCAUUGCGACAGAGCUUAUAAAAGCGAUCGAGGAGUCGAGAGUUGCUCUGGUAAUUUUCUCGAGAAACUAUGGAAUGUCAAGGUGGUGUUUGGAUGAACUGGCGAAGAUCAUGGAGUGCAAGAAGAAGAGAGGGCAAUUGGUGAUUCCCAUUUUCUACGACGUUGAUCCAAGCCAUGUUAGGAAACAAACAGGGAGUUUUGAGAAAGCUUUUUGGAAGCAUGAAAAAGAUUUUGCAGGUGACUUGAACAAGGUUAGAAGAUGGAGAGCCGCCAUGACCGAAGCUGCUAACCUCUCUGGUUGGCAUUCCCAGAAUAGGCUAGAAUCAGAAUUUAUUGAGAGCAUCACAAAAGAGAUAUCAAGAAGAGUGAGGCCAGUGAGAUUCAGUGGUCUGGAAGGUCUAGUCGGAAUGGAUUCACAUCUAGAUAAAUUAAGUUCACGACUAAAUCUAGGAUCAGAUGAUGUUCGAAUGAUAGGAAUCUCUGGAAUGGGAGGGAUCGGGAAAACAACGAUAGCAAGAGUUGUUUAUAAUUGGAUUUACAGAGAAUUCCAAGUGGGAAUUUUUCUUGUUGAUGUUAGAGAAAUGUCUGAAAAAGAAGGUUUAGUUAUGGUACAGAAAAAGCUUCUAUGUCAAUCGAUGGCAGGCAACGAGAUAUCAAUCUGGGAUGUUUAUCAUGGAAUCGAUAUGAUCAGAAGUAGACUUUGCGAUAAAAAGGUUGUUUUGAUAAUUGAUGAUGUGAGUCAAUUGGAUCAAUUAGAGAAAUUAGCUGGGAGAACAUCUUGGUUUGGUCCAGGAAGCAGGAUUAUAAUAACAAGUAGAGAUGAAAGUUUGAUGAUUAGACAUGGAGUUACUGAGGUUUAUAAGGUUGAGGGACUAAAUUCCGAAGAAGCUCUUCAACUCUUUAGUUUAAAAGCGUUUAGAUCAAUUCACCCGCCUGAGGAUUACGCGGAGCAAUCCAAGAAAUUUCUGAAAUAUGCAGAUGGACUUCCAUUAUCUCUCGUGGUGUUAGGAUCUUUUCUGGCUGGUAAAAGUGUUGAGGAGUGGAGAAGCGCUGUCAAAAGAUUGAAAAAUGAGCCCGAAAAGGAUAUAUUGGAUCGACUUCGAAUAAGUUUUGAUGGGUUAAGAGAAAUGGAAAAGAAUGUUUUCUUGGACAUUGCUUGUUUUUUCAAAGGAAAGGAGAAAGAUCAGUUUAUAAAAAUUCUUGAGAGUUGUGAUAUGUCUCCUGUAAUUGGAUUAAGAGUUUUAAUUGAUAAAUCGCUCGUUACUAUUUCGAGUGAUAAUAGGUUGUGUAUGCAUGAUCUGUUGCAAGAAAUGGGACAGAGAAUUGUUAAGAAAGAAUCGAUUGAUGAACCGGGGAAGCGAAGCAGAAUAUGGGACGAACAAGACAUCUACCAUGUUCUUAUGAAUGAUACGGGAACUGACAGAGUGGAAGGAAUAGUCCUCAAUGACGGAAACAACGACGAAGAACAAGAUUUGAGUGGCAAGACUUUGUUAAAUACCAGCAAGCAAAGGCUGCUUAAGAAACAGACAUGUCUGAGUGGUAAAGUCUUCUCCAAACUCAGGAAGCUAAGGCUGCUCAAAAUCUCGAAUAUUCAGAUUUUUGAUGAGAUCGAAUACCUUUCUGAUGAAUUAAGGUAUCUCGAAUGGGAGGGAUACCCUCUUAAAUCUCUGCCCUCAACUUUCCAAGCUCAUGGAAUUGUUGAACUCAAAAUGAGUUACAGCCGAAUUGAACAACUAUGGCAUGGCAUCAAGUACUUGGAAAAGUUGGCAUCUAUUGAUCUGAGCUACUCAAGUGAGUUGAUUAAGAUCCCAGACUUGUCAGGAACACCAGAUCUGGAGACUUUGAUUCUGGAAAGCUGUACAAGACUCAGAGAGAUUCAUCCGUCAGUUGGGUUCCUCAAAAAGCUUACCCUUUUGAAUUUACAAGAUUGCAGAAACCUUAAAAGUUUACCAGAGAGAAUAGAAAUGGAAUCUCUUAAGGUAAUGAUUCUUUCUGGCUGCUCAAGACUGAAGAAAUUCCCAGAGAUAUCAGAAAACAUGAAGAGCCUACUAGAACUGUUUUUAGAUGAAACUGGUGUAGAAAACCUUCCAUUAUCUAUGGAGAAUCUAAGCAACUUAGUUGUUUUGAGCAUGAAAAAUUGCAGAAACCUUGUCAGUCUUCCAAGCACCAUUCAUGGAUUGAAGUGUCUGAAAACUCUGGACCUGUCUGGGUGCUGUAAACUUGAAACUGUUCCUGAGAAUCUCGGCCAAGUUGAAUGUCUAGAAGAGCUUGACAUAAGCGGAACCGCCAUUAUCAAUCCUCCAUCCUCCAUUUUUCUGCUCGACAAUCUGAAAUUCUUAUCUUUCCGUGGAUGCAGAGGAUUGCCAUGCAAAUCCUGGCACUGGCUCUCUCUUCUCAAACGGGUGCAAAGAGGGUUGAUUGAUUUUGAGUCUCUUCCAAUCUGCAAUCUGGUUUUGCCUGAUUCAUUAUCGAGUUUGCGUUCUUUAACAAGAUUGGAUUUAAGUGACUGUAAUCUUGGAGAAGGAUCAAUACCCAAAGACCUUGGUUCUUUACCCUCAUUGAUAGAAUUAGACUUGAGCAAAAACAAGUUUGUUUCAUUGCCUUGCAGUAUAAGUAAACUCCUCCAACUUGAAUAUCUAGGCCUACAGAAUUGCAAGAGCCUUAAAUCACUCCCUCAACUUCCAUUAAAGAUCCAAAAUGUUUCGACUACAGCCUGUACUUCCCUCGAAAAAUUACCAGAACCAUCGACUCUCUGCAACUCCGAAGACCUAACAAUCGAAUGCAUAAACUGUUUGAGCUUGGUUGAGCACCAAAGCAACAACAGCAUGUUAUUUACAUUGCUGAAAAAAUAUGUCCAGGGUAUAUCAUAUUCGAGGCCUACAUUUAGCAUCGUCUUCCCUGGAAGUGAAAUUCCAGAAUGGUUUGGGAAACAGUACGAGGGAGGUAGCUUGAGCUUAGAGGUGGAUCCGGGUGUGGGAAAAAACAGAGAAUGGCUGGGGUUUGCACUGUGCUGUGUGUUCAAAGUGAAUUAUGAAAGUAGAAAUGAAUCUGGGAAAAUGCAUUGGAUCAUGUGUCAGUUGAACACAGACAAUACUUCAAUAUUUCCAGGUCCUCAGAUUCAUUUCAGGGAGGAAGAUACAGGGAGAGUGGAGUCAGAACAUGUUUGGUUACUGUAUUUCAGUCACCAUGAUUAUUAUCUCGGAGAAUGGGAAGAAGAUGUGUUGAAGAAGUUCGAUUUCUCGUUUGUCAAACAAGAAACUGGGUUGCAGAUUUACAGGUGUGGAGUUAGACUGGUUUACGAGCGAGAUGUGGAGGAGUUUAAUCAGGCAACGAACACGAAACGACGUCGUGAUGAUGAAGGAAUUUAUUAUAAUCCACCAGAGAAAAGGUACAAAGACUUCCUCAACUUCUUCACGGCAUAAUAGAUCGUCCGAUCAUUGUUUUUAAUGCUCCUUUUGGAUACUCUCGAAUGAAUUUCAUAUGCUUUUAAACCAACAAUUCCAUUGUACUAAUUUAUUAAUUUUAAAAUUAUGACUCAAAUAAUUAUAAAGUUUAAAUUAAUGGUAAAUAAAAUUUAUUACUUUCAAAAUAAAUAAUUAGAAUUAGUAAUUGCAUUGAUGACGAUGAUGGGCAUGACUAGUCAUAAUAAUGAUGAGGGACACAUGUCAUGUGGACAUAAGAAAUUGUAGGAGAGAUAAGAAACAGAGAGAAAGCAUCUUACGGCGCCGUUUACUCAUCAUUGGCCAAAAAGAAAACGGUCGUGAGUGUAAGUUAACCGGGAACAAAACGAGCCCGCGUUGGGAUUAAAAAAUAAAAAAAGAAAAUAAAGUGAUUAGAAAAACGACGUCGGUCCGCCGCCGCAGUCACCGACAGGGUCACGGAGUUUCCGUACGACGACAAUACAAACAUUUAAAAUUUCUUGGAAUUUAAAAAAAAAAUAAAUUAUUUGUUUGUCGCGUGGUGAAAAAAUGUUAGACCGCCUUGACGCCUCUGCUGCCGACAGAUUCGCUCGUGAAGGUUGGCGAAUGUGUGGGGUCCACAUCUGUUUCUCUCUUCUCUUUGGCUGCCACGUGCAUCUAAGUGGGUCCCGCAUCGAGCCCGUAACACGUGUUCUAUUCAGAUCGUUUUAAUUUAAAUUUUAUUAGACAGUGGGGACUGUGGGGACCACGGGGUCAAAUCUGUGAGAUGA